AUGGAGAACCCUAACAGUCAGGGAGGAAAUUACUGGGGAACAUUGAUCAACUCUGACAAGAGCCCGACUCCUCUGCUCGAGGAACUCUGUAUCGGGUUGGCGCAGUUGAUGAUUAAACACGACGCCGGCAAUGGAUCAACUGAUCUCACUCCAGAUAAGCUCGCUCGAUUUUAUCGCGAAGUAGGCGGGAAUUACGAUACCCUCUUUCUGGAGACAAAAGGAUCUGCACUGUCGUUCAUUUACCAAUCACUCGGGUGUUUCCAUACCCUGCAGCCAACGACGAACCCAUUCGAACCACCUUCAAUACCUGCUUUAUUACCAACAGGAUUCGUUCGAUGGCAGGUUAUCAACCUUUUGCUAUGUCCAGAUGAGCAUACGCAAUACUUACAAGAAGCCGUCAGUCGUUGGGAUGUGCCAAAUCCAAGUGGUGGCACGUUUCCCAAAGUCAUUCCUCGCGAAGCCUUUCCGCAAGCUCCAGACAAAGAUAUGGUGGAGUGGCACGAAACCGUGAGCCAAAGACUUCAGCAGGAACAUGAAGACCAGCACUCAUCCCGCCGAAAUCCACCUGUUGACUUUGUUCGUUAUUAUUCCGCCGCAACUGACGCACGCAAGUAUCGCCAUCCUUUUUAUGAACGAACCCAUCGCUUCCAAGACGGUAGCCCAGCACCAACGUCGCGGAAUUUCAGCGACACUGCAGACGAAACUCGUCACCAUCGAAGACGUUAUAGCCCCGAAGGGAGGGAUUAUCGCGCCCGGAUGUUUGGAAACGGUUCGAAUAUUCGAUCUGAUUCUCGGACAAGUUCUCGAAAUCCCUCACCGACACAAACAGCCUCGCCGGCAUCGGCGGCUCGAGUUCCGCUACGAUCGAAAACGACAAGCGCUCGUAACCGGGAUUUUGCCUCGGAGCGACUGCCUUCAUCUCACAAACAUCGACCGAUGAACUCGUCCGACUCUUCGAAUAAUGAUGACGGUCUUCUUCCACGGCGGCGACACGGGUCGAUAGAUGAUCGCCGACAUGGACGUUCUGCUCAUUUGUCACCAGCUCGUCCAUCAAGACCGCCGCGGCGUCACUCGCAUGACGCGACUUCGCCCAUGACAGAGGAUUCGGACGCAUCGCCAGAUAAAUCCCGAAGCUCACAUCGAUAUCAUCGCUAUGCAGCUCCGCGGACAAAGUUUCACGAGGAUAUGUUUGACGACACGCCUCGUCCAGGACGAAAAGCUGAUCAGCCACUACCAUACGAGAUUAACCCAAAUAUGCCGAAUAUACCGCGCGUACAAGUCAAGUACGAUGGAUCGCCGACCGAGAAUCGUGCAUCGAAAUCUGGCCGCGGAUCAAGCGGUUCUGAUCGGACACGUUCGUCGAGUAAUGGUAGCGGUGGUGAGGCCGGCCGGAAGAGACAUAUUAGCCCGCAUCGUGCUGGAAGAAAAAUUUGCCAUUCAUGA